CGAGGCCCAGGUCGCCGUCCACAAGCUUGAGCAAAUUGCUCUCGUCUGCCUGGGAGAGCUGCGCGCCAAGAGCCGCCAUGGCCGGGGCAACUGCUUUGGCCGUGAUCCUGCCGUCUUUGUCUGCAUACUCCUCAAAGACGGCGACGAUGGCUUCUCUGUUUGCAUCGGAGACUGCUGCCUUCUUCUUGGCACGCGACAUCUGCUGCCAGCACUAGCACACACUUCCCAGCCAAGCUCUAGCCAAGCUCCAGUCAGCUGCAGGCCUGCUCACUGCUCAGCGCUGCUCCUCGUCGCGCGACAUUUUCAACAAUUUUCCUCUGACCAACUUGACCUUCAACAUUCGCACUCAUCAGGAACGGCGCGGAUGGUCGAGAUUGUCCGUUUCGAAGGGCAUGCGCAUCUCAGACAGCGGCUUGUUCUAGCAACACUGGCGGGCCGCACCUUGCGCUUCGACAAGAUCCGCACACAGGCGGAAAACCCAGGUCUGCUCGACUGCGAAAUCUCCUUCUUGCGCCUGCUCGAGCGCUUCACCAAUAACAGUGUCAUUGAGAUCUCCUAUACCGGUACCGCACUGCUCUAUCGGCCGGGGCAAAUCACAGGCGGUGCGGUGGAGCAUGCCUGCACAGGUGGGCGAGCUGUGGGCUACUUUCUGGAGCCUCUCUUGCAGCUAGCUCCUUUCGCAAAGCAGCCGUGUAGCUUAACACUGACGGGCAUCACAACAGACAAUCUCGAUGCAGGUGUGGAUCUCAUUCGAACAUGCAUGCUACCUGUGCUCAAGCGAUUUGUCGGGGACGACUUGGAGCUUCGCAUCCUCAAGCGUGGUGCUGCACCAGAUGGCGGCGGCCAGGUUCAGUUUCUGUGUCCACAAGUCAAGUCAUUUCCUACACUACAUCUACUACAAGUCGGGAAAGUACAACGAGUGCGUGGUAUUGCCAGCUCGACGCGCGUAUCGCCUGCUAACGUGAAUCGGCUGGUGGCGGCUGCGCGAGGAGUCCUCAAUCCGCUUGUGAGCGAUGUACAUCUCUACACAGACGCCCGUCGUGGCGAUGAGUGUGGCCUGUCGCCUGGAUUUGCACUGUCCCUUGUUGCAGAAACAGCGCAAGGUGUCCUCUACGGCGCCGAACAAGCGGCAGGACCAGGCGAAACACCUGAGGAUGUGGGUGAUGCCUGUGCCAAAAGCUUGCUUGAGCAAAUAGCUCUAGGCGGUUGCGUGGAUCGCUUCAGCGCGCCCAUGGUCAUCAUCGGCAUGCUUCUUGGCUCCGAGGAUGUUGGUCGGUGUCGUUUUGGCAAGGGUAUUGUGGAUGCGACGAUUGUCACGCUUCUCAGGGAUAUUCAGCAACUGUUUGGCAAGCAAGUAAGCAUCACAGAGGGCGAGGAGGAUCUUGUCAUUAGCUGCGUUGGUACAGGCUACAUCAAUGCGAAUCGUGCCGUUGCCUAAAAGACAAUCUUGGUUGGCUUGACCUCUUGCUGCAGUUGCUUCUGCAGCUGUUUCUGCCUUUUGGCUGCUUGCCACGAGUCGUGUAUUGGCCGCAACUGUCGCUCACGUCGCUCAGCACGAUUCUUGGCUGCCUCCUCAUACUGUAUUGUGUUGGCACCCGUCCGCUCAGCACGACGCUGUUGUCGCUCUUCGUACGCUGCUUGUUCCUGCGCACGUUCUUGGAGCAAAUGAUUGGCAUUCUUGCCGUGCUUCUGCUCAAGAAUCUUGCGUCGUGCUCUCUGUCCUCGUCUAUUCUUGCGUGGCUUGGGCUGUGCAGGUCCCUUGACUGCUGCAAGCUCGCCU